AUGCCACUUGCGUCGGUCUCCAUGACAAAAGGUUGGGUAAAGUCCGGCAAUACCAAGACUGGCACCGUUAUGAGCGCAUGCUUGAGGUCUUCAAAGGCCGAUUCAGAAGCCAGAGACCACUUGAAGUUAUUCAGAAGCCAGAGACCACUUGAGCGCAUGUUUGAGAAGUUGUGUGUUUUGUCCGGUGACUCCAGUCACCGAAAUGCCCCGCUUCUGAGUUUGAUGUGUUCUAUGCCUUGCCGAAAGUUUAAGCUUUUGUUAAAACCCAUCAUGCAUUGUGGAAGAAUUGGAUUUUUAUUUGAUGCAUGUGGCAAGAAAUUUCAGAAUGUUACUAUGGCAAAGCGGAAGUCUUUUGCAUCUGUCAGCAUGCAGGAUGAUAAGCCAUGUGAUUUCUUACGUACUUUAUUUGAGGGUGUUAUAGCAGGAGGUACAGCUGGGGUGGUUGUUGAAACAGCUUUAUAUCCCAUUGAUACUAUAAAGACAAGAUUGCAGGCAGGUUAACUAUGCAAAAUCAAUUGAACUCAAC